AUGUUGCGAAUGUACCGCAAUCAACAGCGUCGACGUCGCCAGCUGCUGCAACAACUGAGGCAACAUGGACAGAGCUGGCUGCAACAAGUGCAACAAAAGCAACAACGCAAUGCCUCUUGGCGAGAAAGAAAACGAGGCGACACAAGGCGGCAUUUUAUGCACAACGGCAGCUUUCAUCAGGCGAUUGCGCCAGUGCUCGCAAUUGCCCAAUGCUUCAGUCUGAUGCCAGUUUGUGGCAUUUAUGCGGCAACGGCGCAGGGAUUAUAUUUUAGUCGGCGUAGCUGGCGCACCUGGUACUCCAUUAUAUACAUCUGCUCCACGGUGGUGGACACCAUCUUCAGCAUCAAUAUGGCGGCCCACAGUUUGCUCGAUGUACGCAAUGUGGAGCCCAUUAUAUUCCAUGCGGGAAAUCUACUGGGAUCCUAUUGUUUUCUGCAAUUGGCACAUCGCUGGCCUUCACUGAUGCGACAAUGGAUGAAUGUGGAGCAGCAGUUGCCACAUUACAGGAGCUGGAGACAUCGGGAGCAUCUGGCACGACGCAUACAACAUGUUGCAUUGGCGCUCUUCUCACUCUCACUCAUGGAACACUUGCUCAGCAUUAUCUCAGCGGUUUACUAUGACUUUUGUCCAACGCGUAAGGAUCCCAUUGAAUCGUAUUUGUAUAGUGCUGGACUGCAGAUCUUCUAUAUCUUUCCCUACUCGAACUGGCUCGCCUGGCUGGCUAAGAUUCAGAAUGUGUGGCUUACUUUCGGCUGGAACUAUAUGGAUAUAUUCCUAAUGCUGCUGGGCAUUGGACUCAGCGAUCUGUUGACUCGUCUCACGCACCACUUGCAACAUGUGGUGCAACAGCCAAUGCCUGAGGAAUUUUGGACACACACACGCACACGUUAUCGCUCAAUUGUGGAACUCAUUUACGAUGUGGACGACGCCGUUUCCGGACUUGUCCUCAUUUCCUUUGGCAGCAAUUUGUAUUUCAUUUGCCUGCAGCUGCUCAAGAGCAUCAACACAAUGCCAUCCACAGUGCACGCUGUCUACUUUUACUUCUCGCUAUCGUUCCUUAUCGGUCGGUCGACAGCUGUCCUGUUGUUCGUGUCAUCUGUCAAUGAUCGGGCUCGUGAGCCACUUCGUCUGCUGCGACUCGUGCCACACGUGGCAUAUCACGACGAGGUGUCACGACUGGCAGCCGAACUGUCAGCGGACAAUGUCUCGUUGAGUGGUCUCAAAUUUUUCAACAUUACCAGGAAGCUCUUUCUAACAGUCGCUGGCAGCAUUGUUACCUAUGAGCUUGUGUUAAUACAAUUUCAUGAGGAUGAAAAAUCAUGGGAUUGCCACAUUCAGCUGCCACUUAACUAA